AUGCACUACAACAACAACAACAACAUCCUGGGAAAAUCACCAUGCGCAGGCAGGGGUCGGCAGGCACAACAACAACAACCAAGGCGGAACUAUAACGCUUCGCAGGCAGCGGCAGCAGGCAGAACAACAAUAACAACCAAGCCAGAACCAUCGUUAUUUGCAGGCAGGGGCGGCAGGCACAAAAACAACAACAACCAAGGCGGAACAUCACCCUGCGCAGCCAGGGGCGGCAGGCACAACAACAACAACAACAACAACCAAGGUGGAAAAAUAACGCUUCGCAGGAAGCAGCGGCAGGCAGAACAACAAUAA